CAAACCGAUUCUUAUUUUAAGUGUCACGUUAAUACUUCCUUUAAAAAUUAUUUUAAAGACAAAAAAAAAUAAAUCAUGAAUCUUCAAGAAGAUAUCGUUAUUUCCGGCAUUGGCGGUUAUUUUCCAAAAGCUCAUAACAUUGUUGAAUUCAAAAACAACUUGUAUUCGAAUGAAAUCUUAUUAGGGUCUCGUUGGAAAGAAGGUGAAUUAGGGGUUUGUAAUAAAAUUGGAGUUAUCACUGGAGCAGAACAUUUUGAUACCGCUUUCUUCGGAAUUCACCGUCAUCAGGCGACUUACAUGGAUCCCAUGCAAAGAUUGAUGAUGGAAAGAACUUUCGAAGCGUUAAUAGAUGCUGGGGUUAAUCCUCAAGAUAUAAGAGGAAAGAAAAUUGGGGUUUUUACAGCUUCGUCAAUCGGUGAAAAUGAUAAUCUAUUUUAUGAGUCGAUUGUAAGUGGUUUUGGGGUUACUGGACAUUCAAGGGCUAUGAUGUCUAAUCGAAUUUCUUAUUGGUUAAAUUUAAAAGGUCCGAGUUGUGCUUAUGAUAGCAACUGGAUUGGAGGAAUUGAAGUUCUUAAUUUAGCCGUAACCGCUGUACAAGAAGGACAUUGUGAGGCCGCAAUCAUUGGAUCAGCUAAUUUAGCAUUAAACGCAGAAAUUUCAUUUUUGUACAACGAUAUGGGGUUACUUUCUCAAGAUGGAUCAACGAAAGCUUUUGAUAAAGACGCUUCCGGUUAUGCUAGAGCCGAUGGAGUCGUUGUAAUGCUAAUUCAAAGAGCUUCAGAUGCUAAAAGAGUUUACGCCAGCGUGCUUCAUUCCGCAACGAUUUUUAAUGGAGCCCGAGAUGGUCCAAUUUUUGAUCAAAAUUUAGAAGGAAUGACAAAUUUUGUUGACGAAUUUUACGAAAAAUGCAAAAUUAACCCUGCGGACGUUGAAUACGUCGAAACGUACGGUUGCGGUGUGAAAAGAACGGACGAAAUCGAAUUAAACGCUUUGGAAUCGGUUUAUUGCAAAAACCGAAAAUCUCCCCUUUUAAUUGGGUCAAUAAAACCUCAAACCGGGCACAGCGAAGCAAGCGAUAAUUUAUUUUCGAUCGCCAAAGUUUUGGUUGCAAUGGAAAAUAAAAAAAUCCCCGCAAUGUUGCAAUUUAAAAAUCCAAAUCCGAAUAUUCCCGGAUUAUUAAACGGCAAUUUAGAGGUUGUUACAGAAAAUAAAGAUUGGAAAGGCGAAUUGGCCGCGGUUCAUGGAAUCGGAUUGUGUUCUUCUUACGCGCAUGUUUUAUUAAAAGGAAAUCCGAUUUUAAAAACGCCAAUUAAUAACGAUUUGCCGAAAUUAGUGGUGGCAUCGACUCGAACGGAAAACGGAAUCCAAGAAAUUUUAAAAACGUUGCAAGAAGAAAAAGAUAUCGAUGACGAAUACAUCGGGUUAACGCAUAAUUUCUUUUCAAAAACCGUUUCAGGGCAUUUAUAUAGAGGAUACACAAUUUUGGAUGAAAGCGAAAACCCAAAACAUGAAUUCGAAGAUAUCAACAAACAAAUCAAGGAUUUGGAUAACUCACGAAUUACACAACGCAAGCUGUUGAGCAGUUUGGCUUUUCUACGAAGAUGCAGAGAGAAGAAAGUAACGCCAACCUUCUUGAAGGUGAAGCACCACAUCGACUCCGCUGCACCACGUAGAAUCUUGAUUAGGACAGAACAAGCACUACUACGAGAAAGAAUCCACAAGAUCUUCAAUGAUCUACAGAAAAUAAGUGAGAAGUUACUACGACUCCACCUCUCAGUUUCCAAUUUUAAAGGAUUGAACUACGCAAUCGCCCCGAGGAAGGUCCCGGAUGAGGAAAUCAUCUGCCAAGUGGAAGCGGCUGUUCGAGGGAUGCCCGCACUAAAAGCCGAAGAGAUCCGACAAGAAGUUGCGAGAGUACUGAAGUCAGCAAAACUACCGAAAUCGAACUUGACAGUUGGUGAAAAGAAGGCAUUCCGAUCUAUUAAAGAAAAGUCAGAAAUCGUCGUGUUACUAGCAGACAAGGGGAAUGCCACCGUUGUUAUGGACCAGAAAGAAUAUUACGACAAAAUGAUGAACCUACUGGACCCAGCCACUUACAGGAAGAUCAAGAAGGACCCCACAGACAGAAUC